CACACGCCCAUCCCUACAAAAUGCUCUAUCUUCCUCUCACCUCCACCACUCACCACCACCACCGUCACAACCACCGCCUCACCAUUUUCUCACUCAUUCCUCCAAAUGGCAUCCCUCUCCGUUAAGUUCUUAGCACUUUCGUUGCAGAUUCAUCACGCCAAUAAGCUGCCCGCCAAGACUACUAGCAGACUCCACGCCACGCCGCCGCAGACGGUGGCGGCCUCACCGCCGCCCGAGAUUGACGCCGCAAGGCUCGAGCCCAGAGUGGAGGAAAGAGAUGGGUACUUCGUGCUUAAGGAGAAGUUCAGGCAAGGCAUAAAUCCUCAAGAGAAAGUCAAGAUUGAGAAGGAGCCUAUGACAUUGUUCAUGGAAAACGGCAUUGAAGAGCUUGCUAACACCCCUUUUGAAGAGAUUGAGCAGUCCAAACUUACUAAGGAUGAUAUUGAUGUUAGACUCAAAUGGCUUGGCCUUUUCCAUAGGAGAAAGCAUCAUUAUGGUAGAUUUAUGAUGAGAUUGAAGCUACCAAACGGGAUAACAACGAGUGCACAAACAAGGUAUCUAGCAAGUGUAAUCAGGAAAUAUGGGAAAGAUGGAUGCGCUGACAUUACUACAAGGCAGAAUUGGCAGAUCAGAGGUGUCGUGCUUCCUGAUGUGCCGGAAAUCCUCAGGGGACUCGAACAAGUAGGCUUGACAAGUCUGCAAAGCGGCAUGGACAACGUUAGAAAUGCGGUCGGGAACCCUGUCGCCGGAAUUGAUCCGGAAGAAAUCGUCGACACCAGGCCGUACAACAAUCUGCUAUCCCAAUUAAUCACCGCAAAUUCGCGAGGCAAUCCCGCUUUCUCUAACCUGCCAAGGAAAUGGAAUGUGUGUGUAGUAGGGUCUCAUGAUUUGUACGAGCAUCCUCAUAUCAAUGAUCUUGCGUACAUGCCCGCCAUGAAAGAUGGGCGUUUUGGGUUUAAUUUGCUUGUGGGCGGAUUCUUCAGUGCGAAGCGCUGCGCCGAGGCCAUCCCUCUCGACGCUUGGGUUCCUGCAGAUGAUAUAUUUCCAGUAUGCAAAGCCAUUCUGGAAGCUUUCCGGGAUCUGGGCGCCAGAGGGAACAGACAGAAGGCAAGAAUGAUGUGGUUAAUUGAUGAACUUGGAAUAGAAGGAUUCAGGGCAGAGGUAGUGAAGAGAAUGCCUGAGCAAGAACUGGAAAGGGCAGCACCAGAAGACCUGAUUCAGAAAGAUUGGGAGAGGAGAGACUACUUCGGCGUUCAUCCACAGAAACAGCAAGGCUACAGCUUCAUCGGCCUUCACAUUCCGGUGGGUCGUCUUCAAGCCGACGACAUGGACGACCUCGCUCGUUUAGCAGACCAGUACGGUUCCGGAGAGCUGCGCCUCACCGUCGAGCAAAACAUCAUAAUCCCCGACAUCCAAACCUCAAACAUAGCCUCCCUGCUAAAAGAGCCACUCCUGACCAAAUUCUCCCCGGAGCCGCCGAUCCUGAUGAAAGGCCUAGUGGCCUGCACGGGCAGCCAGUUCUGCGGGCAGGCCAUAAUCGAGACAAAGGCGCGCGCCCUGAAGAUAACGGAGGAGGUCCAGCGACACGUGUCGGUGAGCCGGCCGGUGAGGAUGCAUUGGACAGGGUGCCCCAACACGUGCGGCCAAGUUCAGGUUGCCGACAUCGGAUUCAUGGGAUGUUUGGCGAGAAACACGGAGGGGAAGGCGGUUGAAGGUGCGGAUGUUUUCUUGGGCGGGAAAAUCGGGAGUGAUUCGCAUUUGGGGGAGGUUUACAAGAAGGGUGUUCCCUGUGAUGAUUUGGUGCCAUUGAUCGUUGAACUUCUGGUUGAGCGCUUCGGAGGUGUUCGACGGCAGAGGGAAGAAGACGAAGAUUAAACCAAAUUCUAGGCUUCUUCUUAGUAUUAGUAGUACCUAUAAUUGUAUUCCAUCCAAACAUGUCGGUUUAUUAUUAUUAUUAUUAUUUUAAUUUUAAUACAGAA